ACCCAGCCAUCAAGGCCCUGAUGCGGCCGGACCCCCACCUCAAGUGGACGGUAACGGGGAUGGUGCUGGUGCAGCUGCUGGCCUGCUGGCUGGUGCAGGGGCUGGCGUGGCGCUGGCUUUUCUUCUGGGCCUAUGCCUUCGGGGGCUGUGUGAACCACUCGCUGACUCUGGCCAUCCACGACAUCUCGCACAACACCGCCUUCGGCACGGGCCGCGCCGCCCACAACCGCUGGUUCGCCAUCUUCGCCAACCUGCCCGUGGGCUUGCCCUACGCCGCCAGCUUCAAGAAGUACCAUGUGGACCACCACCGCUACCUGGGUGGCGACGGGCUGGAUGUGGACAUACCCACGCGCUUUGAGGGCUGGCUCUUCUGCACGCCGGCCCGCAAGCUGCUCUGGCUGGUCCUGCAGCCCUUCUUUUAUGCGCUGCGGCCGCUCUGUGUGCACCCCAAGGCCAUGACCCGCAUGGAGCUCUGCAACGCCCUGGUGCAGCUGGCGGCCGAUGCCGCCAUCUACGCCCUCUGGGGGCUCAAGCCCGUGGUCUACCUGCUGGCCAGCUCCCUGCUGGGCCUGGGCCUGCACCCCAUCUCGGGCCACUUUGUGGCUGAACACUACAUGUUCCUCAAGGGCCACGAGACCUAUUCCUACUACGGGCCCCUCAACUGGAUCACCUUCAAUGUGGGUUACCACAUGGAGCAUCACGACUUCCCCAGCAUCCCCGGCUGCAACCUGCCCCUGGUACGGAAGAUCGCACCUGAGUACUACGACCACCUGCCCCAGCACCACUCGUGGGUGAAGGUGCUCUGGGAUUUUGUGUUCGACGACUCCCUGGGGCCCUUCGCGCGGGUGAAGAGGGUGUGCAAGCUGGCGGAGAACCGCCUGUGAGCCCCACAGCCGGCUGGCAUCCUGGGG